AUGAUGCGGAAGCUUGCACCCACGGGUAUUGCUGCUGCUGAAAUAGAUGGUAUGACCACUCAUUCAUUUUUGGGCGAACAAUGUAACUGUGAAAAGGCGUGCACUAUCAAACCAGGUGAUUCGAAACUCGAGAAGGAAUGGAGACCCGUCGAAUAUCUCUUAAUUAAUAAUAUGAGUAUGGUUGGUUUAGCUCUACUUGCGAAACUCAACCAAAUCAUCUGUGCUGCAAAAUAUGCCGAUCCUCAUGUUCCAUUUGGUGGUAUAAAUGUCAUCUUCUUCGGCGACUACUUACAGUAUCGACCUGUAUACGACGCACCAUUACAUACCAAUUUUUCGUUACCGAUCAAAAGUAAAUCGAGCAAGAUACUCACUGAAAAACAAAUUCAACAUUGUGUUGCACACUCUUUAAUUCUUCAAAUCAACUUUGUCGUAAAGUUUACUCAACAGAUGCAAACAGAGGAUACACGGUACCUUCAGCUGCUCGAACGACUUCGUCAUCGGCAAUGUAAUUAUGAUGACUAUGAAUUACUGUUAACAUGGGUAGUUGGCCAACCUUCCAUAGGCUCUCUACGUGAUUCACCAUGGAAUAAAGGAAAUUUUCUUUUCUACUUCUGGACAAUGUACCAUCUUUCUUCGUCUUUUUAG